GAUUUUUUUACGCGUAAACGGGGUCUUUUAUUUUGAAAUGUUUUGCUUCCUGAAAUCGUACCGUUGCUUCUCUCUUCACGCGGCUCGUGAACCGGUAGGUCGCUAGUAGAGACAGCGCUGCUGCUGAACGGAGAGACGGCUUCACGCGGAUAUAAAGCCACUGAUGCGCAAGGUCCUCUUGGUCAGAUAUGGGUCUUGUGAACAUAUAUCUACAGGCAUCCUGCCUAACAGCUUUAUGAGAUUUACUAAGCAGCUGUAACACACACACACACACACAAGCAUGGCACCAGUCCCACCUGGCAUCCGCUUCCUGGCAUCCUUCAACAGGGACCAGUGGUACAAGGCCUUCACGUUUGCUCUCACGUUCCUGCUCUACACAAGCUUCCAUCUGUCCAGGAAGCCCAUCAGCAUUGUCAAGAGUGAGCUGCAUAAGAACUGCUCUCAUGUCAUGCGAGCUCCUACAGAGAGCAGCAGCGGUCAGCAGCCUGUGCUUCACCCAGAACUAGACUGCAGCUGGAAACCAUUCGACAGAAAUAACUAUAAGCAGUUGCUCGGAGCUAUGGAUUACUCUUUCCUGUGCGCUUAUGCCAUAGGCAUGUAUCUCAGUGGAAUAAUUGGCGAGCGUUUGCCCAUUCGCCUGUACCUGACUGUGGGCAUGUUGACCAGUGGUCUUUUCACCUGUCUCUUUGGACUGGGAUACGUCUAUGACAUCCAUAGCCUGGGCUUCUAUGUAUUUGUUCAGGUGGCCAAUGGUUUGGUUCAGACCACUGGAUGGCCUAGUGUUGUGACUUGCAUUGGUAACUGGUUUGGCAAGGGCAGGAGAGGCCUCAUCAUGGGUCUGUGGAACUCUCACACAUCAGUGGGCAACAUUCUGGGCUCUUUGAUCGCUGGGUAUUAUGUCUCUUCUAACUGGGGUCUGUCCUUCAUCGUCCCUGGAGUUAUCAUCGCUGCUAUGGGAGUCAUCUGCUUCCUCUUUCUUAUAGAGCACCCUAAUGAUCUGAAGAUCGCCUGUGCACAGAGCUCAGCUCCCAGCAGUCAGAAUAUACCCAGUCUAUGGAAGGUUCAUAAAAACUGGAAUGGUGUGAAUGGACAUAAAGACCUGUACUUGCAGUACAAGCCAGGAGCUAAAACACAGAGCUGGGACACAGAGCUUCUGCUGGGACAGGAGAGCAUUGGAGUGUGUGUUCCUGUGCAGCAGCAGCAGGUGGUGGUGGUGAAGAGCGAGGCAGAGCCGUCACCCAUCAGCUUCAUGAGAGCUUUACGCAUUCCUGGAGUGGUGGAGUUCUCUCUUUGUCUGCUGUUCGCCAAGUUGGUCAGUUAUACCUUCCUCUUCUGGCUCCCCCUCUAUAUCACUAAAGCAGCUCACCUUGAUGCCAAGAAAGCUGGAGACCUUUCAACUCUGUUUGAUGUGGGAGGCAUUGUUGGAGGGAUCCUGGUGUGUGUGGAUGUGUGUGGUGUGAGUGUGAUCUCUGAUAAGAUGGGAAAGAGGGCCACCACUUGUGCUGUGAUGCUUCUGCUGGCUGCGCCCACACUCUACGGCUUCUCUAUGAUAAGUCAGUUUGGCCUGGGUCCCACUAUCGGCAUGCUGCUGGUGUGUGGUGGUUUAGUCAAUGGACCGUAUGCUCUCAUCACAACAGCUGUCUCUGCUGACUUGGGGACACACAAGAGUCUGAAGGGCAAUGCCAGGGCUCUGUCUACAGUUACAGCUAUUAUAGACGGCACUGGAUCUGUUGGUGCUGCUGUGGGACCUUUGUUGGCAGGGUUGCUGUCAGCACAAGGCUGGGAUCAGGUCUUUUACAUGCUCAUGACUGCAGACUUUUUAGCACUGCUGCUUUUACUGAGACUUGUGAUGAAGGAGCAUUGCUCUCAUAGGAAGCGGCCGGGAGUCGCCGUCGAACUGAAGGAACAUUGAGUACUUUGCACUGGAUAUAAAUGUUCAUCUCUGACCACUUCUUACGCUGGACCAAAACUUGACUGAAACCUGUGCUUAGUCCUCUGUUUUAAAAAAUGGACUAUACAAAAAGACUUUUUAUUUCCUUUCUCAGAUGAGAAAUCAUCAGUUUAGGGUGAAGCAACUUUAAGGAACUAUUUUCUUACAGAAUAUUUUUUUCUCUCUAGUUCAUCAUGAAGAUUCAGUCUGGACCUGCAGCUCUGCUUGCAUUUGUCCUUUGGUUGUACCCAAACAAAAUGAACAUGACUCAGUGUGAGAUCAAGCCUAAAUAUCCCUCCAGUUAAAUAAUGCACAAUUGCACAACCAAAAGUAGCCUCCCUUUGCUGCUAACAAGGGGAAUUUAAAAUAAAUGCAGUAUAAUUUUUACUCUAGAUCCCCGCCGGGCACACAGCGCCUUCAUUAAACACACAGAACAAAUGUCCCUGUAUAUAGUUCAUAAAUCCAUUCUUGCAUGAAUUGUCACAUCGGAUUGAACAUGACAGUUUAUGUAAGAAUGGUUUAAGAAUGAUUUACACCAAAUUUUGUUCUGCUCGUGUUUCAUAAACGAGGCCCAUAGAAAGCAUAGCCGAUUGUCAGUUUAUGUAUGUAUGUGUAUAUAUAUGCUAAAUCUAUAAUAUAUUAUAAAUCUCAUCUGCCUUCCUAUAAACCAAAGCCAAUCUUGUUAGUUGUUGAGAAAAUGUGUUAUAUUUGGACUGUUUUCUGUGUCUUACUGUGGGUUAAUGGUUCUUAUCCUGUGUUUAUAUAUAUAUAUAUAGGGGAUCUACUAGCUAAUUAUGACAAAUUAUUUUAUUUUAUUUAAUUGUAUAUUUAUUUGUUUUUUCACUGCUGGCCUGUGACUUAAUGAAUAAAUGUUGUGUUUUGAGUCGGUAUGAUGGAAGGUGAGCAAUAGUGUUUAUCAGACCACUAUUCAUUCAUAUGCAAGCUGUUCUAUAUUAAUAAUAGAAAAUAUAUCAACAUCAUAAUUUGUUUUCUCUGUAGGAUGCAGUAUGAAAACUUUAAAAUCGUUUCUGUUUCCAGGUUUAAAAUGUUCCAAUCAAGCUCGGUUUGUACGAUCUGUGAGCAAACCCAAAUCGUCUCCUUGAUUGUGUUUGUAUGUACACAUUUAGGACCCGCACCUGCCUCUGCAGCUAUAAAUAUUUAAAGUGUCUAUUUGAAUGUUCGGGUUACUGUAGGAUUGUGUCGUUCUGCAGAGCUAGAGGCACAUGUAGAUGCUUGCUGUGAAGCUGGACCUCUUAUGUAAUCACGCUUGUAGCACGUGAGCAUUUGCCCUUACAGGACGACAUACUCUAGGUAAAUGAAUGUAUCUGUAUCAUUUUUGGGUAGUUCCCUGGUGUAAUGAGAGACAAUACAUUGUGCCUUUUUUCUAUUUGUGAUUUUGUAUAGGGAUAUGUCUUUGGAGUGUUCAUUUUUAAGUUAUUAUUGGCACUUUUACAGAACCCUGGAACAAAUAGUUUUGGAAAUGAUCUGUACUGUUUUGCUGUGUGUACUAAGAGGACAUUUUGAAUAAAGCAGACACAAAAGGCAA